AUGGAUCGUCUAUCUUAUCGGGGUCGAACAAACGACAAAAGCACUGGAAUCCAAGAGUCUGCCAAUACAAUACCACAUGAGGACGACAGCAAUCUCGCGUCGACCGCGCGACUUCAUGAAGCUGAUGCAGCUCAGCCAGAGAAAGAAUUAACAACCACUUGUCGCAAGCCAAGCCUACCCAUCACAAGCAACGAUCCCGAUCCCGAUUCAUUUAUGUUGUUUUCGAAAUUUCCAUUGGAAAUUCGACGCCAUGUCUGGAGACACGCUCUAAAAGGUCCUCAUCUUCAUGUUAUUUCUGAGCGUGUGGCAACUCGCAGCAGGAUCACAGAGAUCAUGCAAACGUGCAAAGAGGCACAUGAGGAGGGUAUUCAACUGAAUUUUUCAUAUUUCACAUUCUGCGACUACGGUGCCUGGGGAAGUGAUAAUCAUCAUGCACCACUUCCUAAGCAUUAUAUGAAUCAAGAUGCCGAUAUCAUGUGGCUGGUUGGAGCCCGCAUGACUCGUGGUCUUCAUAAUCUUCUUCCUUGCUCCUUGUCCGUAUAUGAUGGCCGUUGUUCAUUACGCAAGGUAAAAACUCUGGCUAUAAAUCAUGAGCUAUGGUUUAAUUCCCACUCCUAUGACCAAGGUCUCAACUGGGAAGGCCUAAAGUCAGAAUUGAGAAAUCUGUUGGUCGCCAAUUUUCGAGAUAUGCCAGCUAUUCGCUAUGUCGUAGCAAAGCCAGCCGAGAUCGAGACCUCAUUCACAUGCAUCAGGAAUCAAAAGCCUAUCAAUCAUGGUCCAAAAUCUCUUCCUCCGUUCAACCUGGACGUAUUACCAGAUUGGCUUGAGCCUUUGGUUACGAAUGAGAGUGAUGAUGGCUCGCUUCCAAUAGAUGAUAGCACGGACAACUAUGAAGAUAACACAAGUGAUGAUGACGUUGAAGAUGAAGACGAUCUAGAGUAUGAUAGUCAUGCUGAUGAUGGGGAUAUGGUAGGGGACGCGGAUGGAGAUCCGGAUACAAAUCUGGAUGAUAGGGAUUUUCUGAAUGAUCCUCUUACCUAUCGUGCUACUGAUUCUCUAAAUUUCCUUAAUGACGUCCUAUAUGGAAAUGGAGAUGGACUGAGACAUGUUUAA